AUGAGAGCCCGUGUCUACUGGGAAGACUUUCUGUUCCCAAAGGUGCUCAGGACCACGACAGACCUAUGGUCAAUUUACUCCAAGCCUGUCCCAGCAAACAGCAGAGAACUGUGGACCUUGUUCCUGCAGUGUUCCUGCAUUACAGUGGUGAUAGGAGGCCUCUUUUACAACUGGAUGUUUGCUUCCCUGGAGUGCUCCUGGCAUCUCUCCGUUGCAAUGGCCGUCUCCUUCAGUCUGCUCUUUCUCCUGGCCCUUUUCUUGGUGCAUCCUGCUCGUUGUGUCUUCAGUAUGAUCAUGCCUACGUUAGGUACCAAACAGGGCCGGAAGCUUCUCUUAUCAACCUGCAUCAUGAUAGUAGCGGUUAACAUAACACCCAACAUCAUAAGCAACAUUAAAACCAUACUGCAAGUUAUUAAAUGCAUCUGCAAGAAUUCCUCUGAGAGUCUUUUGAACUCAACUGCUCUGCUAGAGACAGCAUCCUGGGAGUUUGGGGAUGCAAUCCAAGAAAGCAUUAAUUCCUUUAACAUUCAUAGGCCUAUGAAUGGACAUUUUCAGUUUUCACUGCUUAAGAACAGCUCCUUGAUUUCCCAGCAAAUGCACCUUGCUGGUGAGAAAAUCAGGAGGGACUUUUUGGCUGUUGAGGUACUGGUCAAAGACUCUGUACGAGUAGGCAACAAAGUGGUUGCUGGCUUCUCUGUGCUCUAUCUCUGUUUUGAGUCCACCUGGUAUUUGAAAAAUUAUCUCACUAACCUCCACUUUGAUAAUUUUUAUGUCACCAAGAAGCUGGAGCGUUUAGUUGUGGACAGAAAAGCAGCUCAUCUCCUGGUGGGCCCAUCCAAAAACCUCAUUCGACCAACAGGCUUGAAGUUGUCCCGGGAAGAAUUGAUGCUGUGCCUGGUGCAAUCCAUGCUCCUGACCGUGGCCCUGAUGCUGAUGCUGGUGGUUGUGGCGAUGGACCACUUUGCGUUCAGCAUGGCAGACACUGCGGUGAGAAAGACAGCUCAGUUCUCCGUGGUGCCCAUCACUCUCAGCAUCAAAUAUAGAGUAAGUGCUGGUUUUAUCUUUUUACAGCUUCCUAACAGAGAAUUACCACUUCAGGACUUUGAAAAAAGCUACCACCACUACCUGAUCUUCAGCUCUGCUCACUGCAGGAUCAGCCCCCCGACGCCUCCCAGUCCCUCUGUGCUGCUCGUUGUGGGGCUGCUCUUCUGCACCCUCUAUGCCACCGUAUUCCUGGGAACCUAUGCACACCGCCUGUGCAGAAAAAUCGCAGGCUCCUUCUUCGAGAGCUGGGAGGAGAAGCGAGCACUUCACCUCUACAAGAAGCUGUCCAGGAAGCACCAGCAGGAAAAAAACUGA